GUUAUCUCAAGUGCCUCGUAAACUGCCAGCGCUUGGCGAGUGACAGAUCACCCAUAAAUGAAUACCUAAUUUCUACAUAUUUACACUCAAUAUGCUGGCUGUGGAUUCACAGAGUUAGGGACUACAAGUUGGUAGAGCGGCGAUCGCACAAAUGGCAAGCUUUGUACGACCAGAUAAACAGCCUGAACCAGAUAAACAGCCUGAACGACAACAACCUCGCUUGUCGAAAUGGGAAAAGGCCGAUAUUCGAACGGAAAGACGGGUGCGAUCGAGUAAACAUGAACUCUUACGCGAAAACAUUGCCGACAAACUGAGAUGUCCGCUGUGUUUCUGCCUUCCAUGUGUUAUCAUAGUCUUUAUUCUUCUUAUAUUGAUUGGGAUUUACGUUGUCCAGCCGUACAUACAAGGAACAGGAUUAGUGUCUACGUAUUGCCGAGUAAAUCGCGUUGAAACGUUACCAGAAGGUUCUUGCAGUCACCGGACACAUAAAUAUUAUCCUUGUACCAAAAUAUUCGUGACCUACAAUGUUACUCAAACAACAGAGUUUGAAGCAGUUCUCAUGGAAAACGAGCAAGCUUUAGUUCACUGUGAAAAGUGUUCAAUGACGUUUGGUAACAGUGACCUGUUUGGGAGAUACUCCACGUGCGCUUGGAAUUCUGACUUGAACACUACAGAGUGUGCUAAAACGUAUAUGCGGUUGUACGGAACGGCUAACAACACAUUCUCGUGUUAUUAUGAUCCUGAAAACACAGAAAAUGUCGUCCGCAUACUCAAGGUCUCAACAGUUGAAGCAGUCUCUUUGAUUCUCCUUCCCCUAUUGUUUCUGGUUCUGUGGCUCGCCGCUGUUGCGUUUCUUAUCUACGACAAUCAUCUCCGAAGCAUGAUAGACGUGCAGAUCAUUCAAGAGAACGUUCAAGCUAACAAAUAUCCCAACAGGAAUGGGUUAAGGAACGGAAAACCACCGCUGGGCAAACUUAAUGCUGGAAUAGAUCUAGACACAUCAACAGUGGCAAGCGAAUCCACGGCGGUCAGCGUCAGCACAACACCACACACGCGCAGGAGAAGAAAGAAGAAAAUGCCUUGCUCAAAACAACACUAUCAAUUUAACUACCUCGAUGAAGGGAUUUUAUUGGAGGAUAAACCCCUGUCUAACACACAGGACCACCCCUAUAGUUACAGUUUUGUUACUGUGGACACUUCACCUGUCUGUACAUGCCAUCACAAUGGAUUCUUAGAGGCAGGCUUUGAUCUUUUGCCGCAAAGGGAUUAUUUUACGCCGGUAUUUAGUACACCAAGCCGUACUCCGAGGUAUUCUAACCAGAAGGGACUUGUUUAUUUACCAGAAUCGUUUGUAUAACUGCUCAGCUCAAACUGUCGCGGCAUGAAGAUGUUUUGUUUACAGUUCAGAUUGUAUGCGUGGAAGCAGAGUUCCCUUAAAUUAAAGACUAAAAAACUCCAAAAAACUAGAAACUUCCCAUCUUGCCAUAUUCAAUAGUGUACAUGGCGAGUUUUUAACAUAACUUCCCUAGGUAACAGAGACUGUUUUCCCGUAAGUCACAUAUCAAUAGGUGACGUUCAGAGACAAUUUUAUUGACGAAAGAACUAUUAUCACUAAUAUAAUCUAAUCAAGUUUGUUUCAAAGUGACUUGCGACCGCCAUGUAAAAAGGGCCAUUUUAAGCCAUUUUUGAUGUAAUAAAAAUAUUCUACAAGGA